ACCCCAGCCCCGACCCCAGCGCUGACCCCCGCCCCGCUGCGCUGUGCAGGAGGUGGCCAUGCGGAAGCUGGUGCGCACCGUCAUCAUCAACGACGACGACGAGGAUGAGGAGGACGACGAAGUCAGCGUCCAUCACCGCCACCACCAUCCCGGCUGCAGCGGCUCCGCGGACCCGGCCGAGUACAACCUGCGCUCCCGCACGGUGCUGUGCGGGACCUGCGGGCAGCCGGCCGACAAAAGCGGCGCCGCCGCCUCGUCGUCCUCGUCCACCUCCACCGUCACCGUCAGCCGCGGCUACCGCAGCUCCGGGGGCGGCAUCGGCGAGGGGCUGCUGGGCCGCUCCUACGUGCUGGGCGGCGCCGGGCCGCGGCGUCAGGCUCCGGCUCCGCAAGGCUGCAGCAUUAUGUAACGCCCCCCCGGCGCCCCCCUCAUUUUGGGCUCAUUUCCUCCCAAAGAAGCGCAAACCAAAGAACGGCUUUUUUUUGUCCUUCUCUUUUCUAUUCAAGUUUUGUACGGAGCUGCGCCCCCCCCCCCAGCGCCGGGAGCCGCUUCCCCUCUUUUUGUAAAGGGAAACAGAAUUUCUAUGAACCCCCCAAAACAGAGAUCUAUAUCUGAAAUAAGAAAUAAAAGCUUUUCUGCUCCAAAGCUCC